UGGCACGCAGGCGUCUUCGUGAGAACGAGAUGAGAUCCGAUUGGUUAGGAAGCCCUAACGAUGGGUGAAUAAUCCCUGAGGCCGGUGGUGGAGAGGAAGCAUGCUCUCAUUGGUUACGGGGUGCGGAGGAGUGGGCGAGGCUUUGAGGAACCGGACGGCCGGCGGGCGGGCGGGAGCGUGCGUCGGCCGCGCGCCGGGCCGGACCGUUGUAACUCUUGUCAGCUGGGUGGCGGCCUAUACGGUAUAGGGGAGGGAGGAAGAGGCCCCACACUCGGUCCCAUCCCGUCACAUACAAUUUCCUGCACCCCGCCGGGGGAGCGGCGUUCUCGACUGGAGCAAACUCUCGGUUUCCCGUCCCACGACGAGGCGGUUAUCGCGGGAGAGCCCAUUCACUGUAGAGGGGGAAGGGGGCGGGUUCCCGGGAACGGUUCAUUGUGCGGAGUCGGUGGGAGGGAGGUCCUGGGGAGAAAGGGACUCCGGGAGAAACUAGUGGUGGAGGCAGAGGCAUCCCUGGAGCACUUCUUGGCAGGAUAGGGGCAUCCGGGGCCCGGACAGCUGGAGCCUAGAGAAGGGCCUGUCCAGGGGAGGCCUGCUGCACCGGUAGUUGCCCGGGAGGAGGCUGGCCAGAGCAGGGUUAUACGGGGAGAGUGGCUCGGAUAGGCAGAUAGGGGGCGGGGCUUAGGUGCUAGUUUGUCCUAGGAUAGGCUAGUUUUGCAUAAGGGGCGGGACUCCCGCUCCUUUCCCUCCGCCCUCUCUCGGCUACCCGGCCUGCGCUCCAUUCGGGGAGGGCUCUGGGAUCCGGGAGGGCUUUGAGAUCCGGGAGCUGUGCUGCCCCGGCCCACCGGGUCCAAGGCCAGGCCCGUCAGUGCUGUGCUCCGCGGUGCUGAAGGGUCUGGGGCUGUACAAAAGCCCGAGGCCGACUGCAGCGGAGGCUGCUGCUGUCCUUCCUGGUGGGUGCCACGCCAGGGCUAACCGGACAGGCGAGGUGGAGAAGUGUGUGUGGGGGGCACCUAACCCAGUUGUCUGACCAGCCUGCUGGUCAUUCUGUGUGUACCCUGGGAGGACUGAGCCAGGGCUGGCCCCUGGGAUCGAACGCCCUGAACUUUGAGUCCAGUCCCUUCUGCCCGGGAGGGCAUCCCGGAGUACCCCGGGGGGGUUAGAAUCCGUCGGGAGCAGCGGUUGCUCUGGUCCCGCAUCCUCCAGCCCCCUGGCGCCGCGUUCAUCGUGCUGGCUUGUGCACCCGGUGGCCUUGCAGGUCCGGAGGUGGGGAUCGCUUGUUUCGGGCGGCGACGCGGCUGACACGGCCUCCACAGGCUCCCUCUCUACUCCCUCCCUCCCUCCUUAAACUCUCCGGAAGCGGCAAGUGCUUUGGGAGGGGGGAGGGGGCCGGAGCAGCUGCGAGGAGUUGGAGCGCCCGAGCCGUUGCUGCAGCUCGCUGCUGGCAGAAUUAGGCUGACCGCGACGGGGGCCUGGCUUCGGAUACCCCCACCCCCGGCUCGGAGAGCCUGACCUUUCCCGGUAGUGGCCGCUGGCAGGACAGACCGACCGAUAGUGUUAUAGGACUCGAGGGGGAACCGCGAAGCCCCAAGACUUUGAGGCGUGCCCGGAGCUAGCAGGGGAUCUUCUCCGGGCUUGGGGUACGAGGAUCCCCAAAACUUGACUUUCACCCUCUUGCCCUCUUCCUGCCCAGCUUGGGGCUGCAGAGGUGCCUUGGGACACAGAGCGUGAGAGCGGCGUGGGCUGAGGGCCGGGUUAGGCCGAAUGCUGAAGGAGAGGGUGUCCAGGCUCCCCUUACCGGCCGCGUAGCCUUCAGCCAUGGAUGUGACCCCCGGCCUGGCCGUCUGGCUCUUAUGGGCGCUCCUUCUGCAUCACGGCCAAGGAGAGAAGCCUCCAGGAGCCAGCCCCGAGGAGUCCGCAGUGGCAGAAUUCUGCAGGAUUGACAAGCCCUUGUGCCACAAUGAGGAUGAGCAGCUCAGCUUUGAGGCCGUCCGAAACAUCCACAAGCAGAUGGAUGAUGAUGCCAACGGGAACGUGGAUGUGGAGGAGAGUGAUGAGGAUUCACUCAUUGCAGUUACCAUGUCACUUCCAAAGGAGGCCCCAGGAUCCUUCUUGUCAACAUUUUUGAGGGAAGAUCUCAACUACCAUGACCCAACAGUGAAGCACAGCACGUUCCAUGGAGAGGAUAAGCUCAUCAGUGUGGAGGACUUAUGGAAGGCAUGGAAGGCCUCAGAAGUAUACAACUGGACCGUGGAUGAAGUGGUACAGUGGCUGAUCACCUAUGUGGAGUUACCACAAUAUGAGGAAACUUUCCGGAAACUGCAACUCAGUGGCCACGCAAUGCCAAGGUUAGCGAUUACCAAUGCAACAAUGACAGGUACUGUUCUUAAGAUGACUGACCGGAGUCACAGGCAAAAGCUACAGCUGAAAGCCCUAGACACAGUGCUGUUUGGUCCUCCUCUCUUGACCCGCCAUAACCAUUUGAAGGACUUCAUGCUCGUUGUGUCCAUCGUCAUUGGGGUGGGUGGAUGUUGGUUUGCCUACAUUCAGAAUCGAUACUCUAAGGAGCAUAUGAAGAAGAUGAUGAAAGACCUGGAGGGGCUACACAGAGCUGAGCAGAGCCUUCAUGACCUCCAGGAGAGGCUACAGAAAGCCCAGGAGGAACAUCGGACAGUGGAAGUAGAAAAGGUACACCUGGAGAAAAAAUUACAAGAUGAAAUCAGCAUUGCUAAACAGGAGGCACACCGGCUUCGUGAACUUCGUGAGGGUACAGAAAAUGAGCUCAGCCGCCAGAAAUAUGCAGAACAAGAAUUGGAGCAGGUCCGCAUGGCUUUGAAGAAUGCUGAGAAGGAGUUGGAGUCCCACAGUUCCUGGUACGCUCCUGAAGCCUUACAGAAGUGGCUGCAGCUGACACAUGAGGUGGAGGUGCAAUACUACAACAUCAAGAAGCAGAAUGCUGAGAAGCAGCUACUGGUGGCCAAGGAAGGGGCAGAGAAGAUUAAAAAGAAGAGAAACACCUUGUUUGGAACCUUCCAUGUGGCCCACAGCUCUUCACUGGAUGAUGUAGAUCACAAAAUCUUAACAGCCAAGCAAGCCCUGAGUGAAGUAACAGCAGCACUGAGGGAGCGCUUGCACCGAUGGCAGCAGAUUGAGAUGCUCUGUGGUUUCCAAAUUGUCAACAACCCUGGUAUUCACACACUGGUGGCCGCCCUCAACAUUGAUCCCAGCUGGAUGGGUAGCACCCGCCCCAACCCUUCACACUUUAUCAUGACAGAUGAUGUGGACGACAUGGAUGAGGAAAUCGUAUCACCAGUGUCUAUUCAGUACGCUGCCUGGCUGAUGGGGCGCAGGUUCAGUGAUCGCUCUGUGUGCUCGGCGUCUGUCAGCUCGGAUGAUCAGUCCCUCUGGAAAUACCCGGCUCCCAGCCUGCACAGCAGUGUCCGGCAGCGUCUGGUGGAACCACAGCACAUCCUGGGAUCGCAGAGAGGAUCAUCUCUAAAGACAAACAGGCUCUCUAGUAAGGGACUUGACCCAUUCCGAUUCGGAGUCCUCCCUCCACAUGAGUGACCGCUCUCGCUUCACCCAGAUAGCUGCCAAGCCCCAACAGCUGACCAGAGCCAUGGAUGAAGCCCCGUAUGCCCCAACCUCCAAUGGCAGCCACCGACUGGCAGAGGCAGCCCUGGGGGGAGCUGUAGUGGAGAAGCUGCCUGAGAGUCCCGCCCUGGCCAAGAAAGCAGUAUACCUGCAGAAUCACGGGCUAGAGAAGGCUUAUAGUGUUGGGGAGCUGGGCCCUAUAGGGCUGGGGGGAGGAGGGCACUUGCAUUCAGAUUCCUCACGUUCCCACAGUCCCAGCUCCCCUGAACCAGACACACCAUCACCUAUGGGGGACAGCCGGGCUCACCAUGGCCGCAACACGCGUAUCCCCCACCUGGUAGGCAAGAAGCAUGCUGGUGAGGAGGACAGUGGCUCCACCGGUGAGGAGACAGACUCCGGCCAGGGCAAGAAGAAGUUUCCACUCAAAAUCUUCAAGAAGCCCAAGAAGUAGCUGGACCAGGGCUGGCUGCGGUGGGAAGACACAUCUAUCCUCCCUCUCCUCCAAGGGACCCACCCAGGGCCUGGAUGGGGAAAGGUGGGGGUCCUGAGGACUUGGGGCACUGUUACUCCCUGCCUCAUCCUCUCUGUACUCCUCCCUUCCCCCUAUGAAAGAGGGGCCCUUCCAUCUUAUUUAUUUACUGACCACCACCUGCCCUGUUUGGGCCUCUGUAAGCUAUUCCUGCUCCAACUUCUUCAUCCCCUGGUUCCAUCCCUGCUUCACAAUGCAUGACUUGCCCUUGCACCCCCUCUCAGUUCAGCCCACCCACUUUUGCAGGGGACCCUCGUUUCUCCCUGCUUAUUGGGCUUUUAUAUCUUUCUUGGUCUCCCCCUCUGUUCCCUGUUCUCCCCAUUGCCACCAAACCCCCAGCAAUUAGGGUAAGGACAAAGGAAGCCUGAUUCAAAGCCUGGGCUCCCACCAACCUCAGCAAUGCUGGACAAUGUGGGCAGGGCAGGGCAGGGCAGGGCUGGACUGAGGCCAGAGCUCUGGGGUUGGGGGAGGGGGGUGCUUGAUUUUGUUUGUUUCCUUUGGGUAUGGGGAGAGCCUGGGGCCAACCCUAACUCUAGCCUUGGCCUGACUUUGGGGUGGAGGGAUAAGAGGUAGUUAGGAAAGAGAUGCAGUAGAGCUGGCCCUGGAGAUUAGGCCUAAAUUAGGGAUGGACAGUUGUGGCUUCCCCCUUCUAGGGCCAGGAUUUUAGACCACCCUCCCCAGUGGCCUAAUGACUGCCGCCUCAUUCUGCUUGUUCUGUAGGGUAGAAGAGAGGGUAGCCCCAUUCUUCUCUCUUCCCUCCCCUUAAACAUAUUUAGCCUACUCCAGGUCUCAAGUUUGGAGUCUAAGUGAUCCCAAGCCCCAAAGCUUGAUCCCCUUUGUGCUGGAGACCUAGCCUAGAUAGGGGCUGGCAGGGGCUGGCAUCCAUAUUCACAGAUGGAUAUAGCCUGUAACAGAACUGUGGGGAGAGGGAUGUGGUUGGGAGAGAUUUGGGGCAAAAAUGUUAAUGCUUUUGAACCAAAAAUUUUUUUAAAAAAUCCUGAAUUUCCAAAGUGCCUGCAGCCCUCCCCUCCUCUCCACCUCUUUUCCAGUGCAUGGUCCUUGGGCUCCCCUAGAGAGUCUAGGCUCUUGGGCCCAAUCCUACUGUGCAGUCCAAAGUAUGCCUCCCAUACUAACCCCAGCCAGGCCUGGGGAAGGAAGCAGCUUAUAAGAAUAAAGGAAGGAAGGGAAGGGAAUGGACACACACUGUGCAUGUCCCAUUUCCUACCCCAAACAGUGCCCUCUUCCCCAGCUUUCUGUAGGGGCUGUCAAUUAUGGCUCCCAGGCCUGUUCCUCUGGAUGAGUCAAGUUGCCCAUCCCAGGGCUAAUGAGCAAGGCAGCUGGGUGCUGCAGGCCACAAUGGGCUGGCCCCCCCCCCUUCCCUAUCCCAAUGGAUUUUUCUGUUAUUUCAUAAGACUGAAGUCUAAUAAAGCAUGUAGGAUAUUUUAUUUUCUUGGUUUUGGCUCCCAUUACUCUGCUUCCUGCUCAUAGAAACUGACUGUGGCCAGAUCAGGAGACAAGAAUGAGAAAUCUUCAAGUUGAUAUUCUGUAUCUCCCUGUUCUGACUUCAAAAAGAACAUGUGAAAACCAGUAAGAAGGGAGGGACCAAGACAUGAGGGACACCAGGGUAAACUAUCACUACCAAUCCCUUCUAAGGCCUGAAAGGAUAAUUCAACAUAGGGUGGCAAUCCAAAAAUGGUGUGUUAAGGAGUGGAUUUAAACUUGAUGCUUGGACAGUCUUAGAAAAGGAUCCAAGAUAGAAAGAUAUCAAUAGAAAUAAGGGUGAUGUUUUUAAAAAGUCAAAGGAUACUGGACCCCAAUGCAUAAAAAAAAAUUAGGAAUGUUGUCAUUGGAGAGUGAGCCUUUGGGCAGAAAUUACUAAAAAAAAAAAAAAAGAUGUAAGGCAAA